AUGCAAACGCAAUCCGAGUUGGAACAUCUGCGCUUGGACGGCAGAUCAUCUGCUUGCCGACAGUUGAACACAUUUUGCUCUUCCGGCUUCCCCGUAUUUUACGAUGAGAUGGUGCAAACUCCCUUACCGCGGAUGGACUCCAAUCUUUUCUAUUUUCACCUCCGGUAUCCGGCUCGCAGCACGAUGUAUGCCGGUCGUGUGGAGAAGCCAGACCGGCGCGUACUUUUCGCUGUCGUUGUGAAGACACUAUACAAUGCGUUCGUACACCCACUCGCUAAAAUUCCAGGCCCAAGACUCUAUGCGGCCUCUAACCUCCCAUACCUGGCGGGACUGCUCUCGGGUCGCUGGCCGUACAUUUUGAGAGAUCUCCACGACAAGUACGGACCCGUGGUGCGGUUCACUCCCAACGAUGUCUCAUUCAUUACCCCGACGGGGUGGCAGACCAUCUACGGCCAUAAAAGGCAUGGCCAACUUUCAUUCCAGAAGGAUAUGCGGCUGUACCGAAGUGCCCUGACCAAUGCUGACAACAUCUUGCUGGCCGACGACGCCAACCACAGCCGACAUCGACGGCUGCUUGCGCAUGCAUUUUCAGAGAAGGCGCUCCGAGGCCAGGAAUGGGUCCUAAAUCACUACCUCACCUUGCUCAUUCAGCAAUUGGCAAAACGGUCCGAUGAGGACCAAGUAGUCAAUAUGGUUCAAUGGUACAACUUCACCACCUUUGAUAUUAUCGGUGAUUUGGCAUUUGGAGAGCCGUUUGGCUGUCUCGAGGCCGGCGUGUAUCAUCCCUGGGUGGCCACCAUUUUUGACGGGUUCCGCCUGGCCGUCUUCAACCAGGCAAUCAAACGCCUCCCCAUCGCAGCUCCCAUUCUGCGCAGGUUCAUUCCUCAAGACCUCGUCAAGAACCAAAUGGAUCAUCUCCAGUUGAGUUUCUCGAAAGCACAGAAAAGGCUCGAGACGGGGAACACGGAAAGGGAAGAUUUCAUGUCCUACAUUCUCCGCUUCAAUGAUGAAAAAGGCAUGACUCCAGAUGAGAUCGGCGAGAACGCCAAUAUCUUGAUCCUGGCAGGCAGCGAGACCACAGCGACCCUCCUCAGCGGUACUACCUUUUGGUUAUUGAAGAACCCGAGAGUCUACCAAACCUUGGUACGGGAGAUUCGAACCAUGUUUGCCAAAGAAGAAGACAUCACGUCCAUCUCGGUCACAAAUGCCAAAUACUUACUUGCAGUCCUGAAUGAGGGCUUACGGAUCUAUCCUCCCUCCCCCGGAGGUCUGGGACGUAUUGCCCCCAGUGGCGGCGCUAUUGUGGACGGAUAUGAGAUCACAGAAGGAACGGUUGUAUCGGUUCCCCAUUGGGCUUCAUACCAUUCCAAGCACAACUUCACCUUACCCGAAGAGUUCAUCCCAGAGCGUUGGAUGGAUGAUCUACGAUUCACCCAGGAUGUCAGAGAGGUUGUUCAGCCUUUUCAAUUCGGCCCUCGCAAUUGUCUGGGCAAAAAUCUCGCAUAUGUAGAGAUGCGGCUGAUUCUGGCUCGGAUGCUGUGGAAUUUCGACCUUGAGUUGAUGCCGAACAGUGGUCGAUGGAAUGAGCAGAAGAUCCUGUCUUUUUGGGAUAAGGGUCCCCUGGACGUGAAGCUACGACGAGUCAAUAGGGCAUUAUAG